AUGGGUGGGAUUGGCAAGACCACCCUUGCUGAUGUUGUAUUUCACAGGCUUUCCUCUGAAUUUGAAGCUUGUUGUUUUCUUGCAAAUGUUAGGGAGGAAUCAGAAAAACAUGGACAAAAUCACUUGCGAAAUAAACUUCUUCGUGAGAUAUUAAAGGACAGAGAUCUAAAUAUCGACACUCCGUCUAUUGGAUCAACUUUUACUCGAGAAAGGAUCAGCCGUACAAAGGCCCUCAUUGUUCUUGAUGAUGUGAAUGCUUCAAGCCAACUAGAAUUUCUUGUUGGUGACCAUGAUCAGUUUUGCCGCGGAAGUCUAAUCAUUAUAACAACUAGAGAUAGGAGCCUACUUGAGGAAAGGGUUGAUGAUGAUAAGAUAUACGAGGUUGAGAGAUUAAGUCCCAAUGAAGCUCUUCAGCUCUUUCAGUCGCAUGCUUUCAAAAAUAAGUCUCCAAAAGCAGAUUUUUCUGAGUUGUCAAGAAAGGUGGUACAUUAUGUUAAAGGCAUUCCAUUAGCUCUUAAAACUCUGGGUCCCUUAUUCCUUCCACACAAGAGAAUAGAAGAUUGGGAAGAAGAAUUGAGCAAAUUGAAAACAUUCCCUAACGAAGAAAUUCUGAGUGUGUUGAGACAUAGUUACAAUGGAUUAGAAAAGAAUGAGAGGGAGAUAUUUCUCGAUAUAGCAUGUUUUUAUAAAGGGAUGGAUAUGGAUUUUGUGAUAAAAAUGAUACAUCUUCACGGUUUCUAUGCGGUGGGGAUUAAAGUUCUCAUUGCUAAGUCCCUCAUAUCGAUUUCAACAAGUAACUGCCUAGAGAUGCAUGAUAUGUUACAAGAAAUGGGUUGGGCAAUUGUUCGUGAACAAUGUAUCGAAGAGCCAGGAAAACGCGAUAGGUUGUGGGAUGCUGAGGAUGUCUGUCAUGUGCUGGAAAAUAAUACAGGAACUGCAACAGUUCGAUCCAUAUCCUUUCACCCCACUGCGACUACAAAGCUGAGUGGUGCAGCAGCCUUCCAAAAUAUGUAUAAUUUAAGAUUGCUAAAGAUUUAUGAUCCUCAUCUAAGCUCCAAACGUGACUUCCAGCGUAUGGAUAUAGAGUUCAAUUACAUCAACAGAAUGCUAAAGGAUUAUGGACUCUCCUUCCAAUUGUCAUUGUCAUUAAUGUUCAACAAUUUCGAUCUCUCCCAAGGUCUAGAGUCUCUUCCUGAUGCUCUUCGGUAUCUUCACUGGCUGGCAUACCCUUUGAAAUCUCUGCCUACGAAAUUUUCAACGAAAAAUCUCGUCGAACUUCGAAUGCCUUGCAGCAAAGUAGUUGGGCAAAUUUGGAAUAAAGGCCAGAAACUUGGGAACUUAAAAGUGAUCGAUCUUAGUUACUGCAAGCAUCUGACUGAAGUUCCUGAUCUGUCUGGGAGUUCAAACCUUGAGCAUAUAGAUCUUUGUGAAUGUACAAAUUUGGUUCAGAUUCCUUCUUAUUUUCAAAAUUUUCACAAACUUACUUAUCUUGAUCUGGGAGGCUGCCUCAAUCUCAACUAUCUUCCUGAGAUGCCUGUCAACAUUGAAUCCUUAGAUUUAUCUAAGACUGCAAUAAAGGAAUUGCCUUCAUCAGUUUGGUCUCUAGAAAAACUUUGUUCCUUGAAUGUUACUCAUUGUAAAGCCCUUGAGAAACUUCCGAGCAACAGUUGUAAUCUGAAAGUCUCUGGUACUUUUAGUCUAAACGGCUGCGAAUCUCUUGGCGAGUUUUCUGAGCUUCCCAGGUAUACAAGUUACCUAGAUUUGAGUGAGACAGCAAUAAAAGAAUUGCCGUCAUCAUUGGAGUCUCUCUUCGGUCUCACUACAAUUCGUCUCUUCGCUUGUGACAGCCUUCUGAGUCUCUCAACGAGCAUUCGCAAGUUAAAAUCUCUUGAGAGUCUUGAUCUUCAAUUAUGCUCUGAAUUCCAAUACUUCCCAGAAAUACUGGAGCCUAUGGAACAUUUGACGUCUCUUAGUUUAUCAAGUACAGCGCUUAAAGUUCUACCCUCAUCGAUAGGAAAUCUAAUUGGGCUUCGAAAAUUAGAUCUCCAUGACUGCUGGCACCUUGAGAUUGUCCCAAACAGUAUCUACAAUCUAAGUAAUCUUGAAACUCUAAACUUUCAUGGCUGCAGGAGCCUUGGGAAAUUGCCUCCCGUCUCAGUAGACCAAGUCAGAUUGCUCUCUUUGAGAGAACUAAUCCUCGCUGAGUGCAGUAUCAAAGAAAUCCCUGAUGCUCUCGUUUGCUUAACCUCAUUAUGUUCCUUAGAUUUGGAAGAUACCGAAAUUAAGAGCAUACCUGCAAGCAUCAAACAAGCUGCUCGGCUGUCUUGCCUGCGCCUAACCUAUUGCAAGAGCCUUGAAUAUUUACCAGAGCUCCCCCCAUUGCUGCAAUGUCUUGAAGCAGGUCGUUGCACGUCACUGAAGGAAGUGUCAAGUUCAAGGACUGCACUCACACAAGGUUGGGACGUAUUUUCUCCUCCACGGCUUGAGGAGAAACGUAUAUUUUCUGGAUGUCCAAAGUUGGAUGAGAAUGCAAGAAGCAACAUAAUGGCUGAUGCACAGCUCAGAAUUAUGCGAAUGGCAACUGCAUCAUCAAAAUUUAAAGAAGAAGCAUCAUAUGAUUCAGAUGAUUCCAAUGAUGAAUAUGAACCAGAUAAUAGAAAUGAAUUAAAGGAACUUUUUUAUUGGGGAUCUUUUGUUGCCAUUAACUGUCCGGGGUAUGAAAUUCCAAAUUGGUUCAGCCAUCAAAAUGAAGGAUCUUCAAUAAACAUCAAGCUUCCUCCUGAUUGGUUUCGUACUGAUUUCUUGGGCUUCGCUCUUUCUGUUGUUGUAUACAGCAAGAAUAAUGCUGGAUGGUUGGACUGUGGAUACAAGUACAUCUUUGACAUUGGAUGCAAGUACAACUUCAAAACUAGCAAUGGUGAAAGCCACGAAAUCAACCAUCCUUUUUAUAGUCCGUAUCCGUAUGUAUGGACUUCAGUUGAUUCUCAUGAGUUGUUUGUGUGGUGGUAUAAUAAUGUCUUUCAAGUUGUAGGGGGAGCUGAAAUCCCCACGGCCUUCUACAAACUAGUCACUGAGGCCUCUGUUGACUUCUCACUGAAACAAGACCGCCGCAAACCCUUUCCGGAGUUGGAGGUGGUAAAGUGUGGAAUCUGCCUGUUGUAUGCCCAAGAUGCUGAGAUCAUCAAGCAAAGGAAUUUGUAG